AUGGCCUCCAAGCGUUCUCUCCCAGAAGAGGAUUUCUCUUGUCCUGUGUGCCAUGACAUCUUCAAGGAUCCUGUCAUCAUGGAGUGUAGUCACAGCAUGUGUAAUGUCUGUCUGCAGCAGUUCUGGAAAACUAAAGGCCAUAAAGAGUGUCCCAUCUGCAGGAAAAGAUUCACAAAUUCAAAUCCACAACUUAACUUGGCGUUAAAGAACCUGUGUGAAAGCUACAUACAGGAGAGAAGUCAGAGAGCUUCAGCAGAGUCUGAGGUGCUCUGCAGUCUGCACAGUGAGAAACUCAAGCUCUUCUGUCUGGAGGAUAAACAGCCUGUGUGUCUGGUGUGUAGAGACUCAAGAGCACAUAAGAAUCACAACUUUAGUCCUGUUGUUGAGGUAUCAAGUGAUUAUAAGGAGGAACUGAGGACACAGUUGGCCAAGCUGAAGGAGAAGAUGAAGAAACAUAAAGAAACUAAACUAACCUGUGAUAAAACAGCAAAACACAUUAAGACUCAGGCCCAGCACACAGCGAAGCAGAUCAACAUGGAGUUUGAGAAGCUUCACAAGUUUCUACGAGAUGAAGAGGCAGCCAGGAUAGCUGCACUGAUGGAGGAAGAGGAGCAGAAGAGUCAGAUGAUGAAGAAGAAGAUUGAGAAGAUGAGCAUAGAGAUCUCAUCUCUUUCAAUCACAAUCACAGACAUAGAGGAGCAGAUAAAUGCUGAUGACAUCACAUUCCUGCAGAGCUACAAGAGCACAGUGGAAAGAGCCCAGUGCACACUGCAGGAUCCAGAGAGGGUUUCAGGAGCUCUGAUCAAUGUGGCAAAGCACCUGGGCAACCUGAAGUUCAGAGUCUGGGAGAAGAUGCAGGAGACUGUUCAGUACACUCCUGUGACUCUGGAUCCCAACACUGCAAACCCAAUACUCAUCCUGUCUGAGGAUCUGACCAGUGUGAGACGUGGUGAUGAGGAGCAGCGGCUUCCUGAUAACCCAGAGAGAUUUGAUCACUUUACCAGUGUCCUGGGCUCUGAGGGCUUUAACUCAGGGACUCACUGCUGGGAUGUGGAGGUUGGAGAGAGCACACGGUGGUUGGUGGGUGUGAAGGCAGAGUCGGCCCAGAGGAAGGGAGCAUAUGGCUAUGUGAGUGGACGGUGGUGUGUGGGGUAUAACGAUGGUAAAUAUGGAGCAUGGGCUCCCCCACAGCCCUCCACUCUCCUCACAGUGCAGCAGAAACUCCAGAGGAUCAGAGUGCAGCUGGACUGGGACAGAGGAGAGCUGUCAUUCUCUGACCCUGAUAAUAACACACACCUACACACUCUCAAACACACUUUCACUGAGAGAGUGUUUCCAUACUUUAAUGGUGGUAGCGUGUCUCCUCUGAGUAUUGUAGCAGUGAAGGCCUCUGUGUCAGUGAGCAGCCCAGUUAGAGCAGAAACUGUCUCUGUCUGAACAAGAGCCCACAUGCAGAGAUGGAUGGAGGCAUGUGGGGUUCAGUCAUGAGUCACUCACACAGUAACUGCAGUCAAUCUGAUAUCUGACCUGUGAGGCAUCGUUUUCUGGCUACUUUAAUUUAGUUCAGAAUUGAAUUGUCUGAUGUUCUAUGUUGAGUAUCCUCUAAAAUAAGAUGCCAUUUAUUACACUAUCCUGGUAUUUCUACAUUGCCCAUUUUUUGGAAUUUUAGAAUUUAGCUCAUUUAGAGGGCCAUCUGGUGGCCAUUGUUGGAACACAAACUACAAACUGACAGUGCUGACUAUUUGGCUAUAUGCAUUAAACUAAAAUAUAUAUAUAUAUAUAUUUUUUAUUGGUGUAUUAGGCCUAUUCUGUGCACACCUGUAUAUAAUAUUUGUAUGAAUUGUUUAGGGGUGUCACUUUCCUAUAGGGGCUUGUGAAAGUAUGAAUACUGCCAUCUAGUGGUGGUUAUUGUGUAACUACAUGCUCCUCACCUGUGAGGUUUCCAGUAGCAGAGCAGCAACACAGCACAGGUGCAGCUGGUCCUGCUGCUGUCUGAUCUGAGGUCAGAAAUGCUGGAGAUUAAACAGCACUAUAGAGACUGAGAGCACUGCAGUAAACACAAACUCCUGCACUAGUCAAGACUGAUUAUUACAUGAAUCAAAUCAAAUGUCAUGUAUGUAUUGUCGUUGUAAGUGUCUGUCUUUAUAACCAGAUGAAAGCUGUAAUUUAGAGCAGUAAGGUUUGGACUACUGAAGACAAACUUGAUGUGAGGGAUGAAUAACCAAAAAGAACUGAGUUUUCCACAGAGACAUUAAACAACAUUACUGAUACCAGGACCCA